AUAACUAAUAUUGUAAAUUAAUUUUCUCUGGUUGUUGAAUUAAACUUAACUGUUAUUAUCGUGUAAAUUGGUUUUUCGGUUUGGAAGUUUUGCGGGAGAGGGCCAAUGUAAAUAUUUGACAUUCCUUGCAUACCGAACUCACAGGUUCGACCGAAAUGUCAAAUUCUUUUAACAGUUUUUCUUGUUAGUGUGUUAUACAGUUUAAAAAAAUAUAAUAGGAUUAAUUUCUCCAGUGACUAAUCUUAAAACUUGUGGUGUGUUAUCAAAAAUAUUGAAAGAUAACAAUAUGGAGGGCGGAGAAUCUCCCUUGGACGUCCUCUCCCGAGCUGCUACCAUGGUUCAAGAAAAUCAAGCGUAUUCGGCUGCAGACGAUUCAUCCAAACAGUCUUGCCAAAAGCAGACAACGAAGUGGAAACGGGACCGUCGGUCACGGUUGCCCGAGUACUCCCGCAAGUCGGACCCCAAAUUUUCAGAGACGUUCGGUUUGGAGCCGCCGUCCAACGCGGACGUCCCCUCGAACGGUAUAAGCAGCAAUGGAGUCGGCUCCAAAACGUCUAACGACACGUCGAAUGGAGUGGCGACCGAUACGCCACUGGACAUGAGCGUCAGACAAAGAGGACUUCCACCCUCCUAUUCACAGACCAUAAACAAUCCAGGGUAUAGGUCGAACUACAGGCCUUCCGUUAUACAGAACGGAGUACCGAAUAGAGAAGAACUGCCAUCAGGUAUUUCCAUGUGCGAUCCCAUUAUAGACGAGCACUUCAGAAGAUCUUUGGGUAACGACUACCACACUCUCUUCCAAAACAACAACCUCACCAAAGAGCAAUGUGCCCCAAAAUCACCCCCAAAGACACCAACCAACGUCAUCGAACUGAUGGAUAGCACAGGGUUGUCCGUGGACGACCACUUUGCUAAGGCGCUCGGUGACACUUGGGCCAAACUGAACAAAAAGGACCCAGAAGUUAAAACUAAUACCAGUGAAAAUAACCUAGUUUCCACUUAAAUAAUUUAUUUUCCUUUACGUAGAAGCCGAUGUUUAUAUUACAUGUAACAUGUAUUUAUCUUGCUAAGGAAAAACUAGGAUGAGUGUGAGAAAUGGAUAAUAAUUUGUGAGUAGUUAGGAAAAUGUUAGUUAUGACGAUGUAAUGCCCAUCAAUCUCAUAUAAAAAUUGGGUUACCUCUCCUACUCCUUAAAUGUUUAAACUGAUUUGUUUAAAUAAAUAUGGCGUGUAUAAAUGAAGGAAUACAAGUGCUAUCAGAUGAUUUAGAAGCCAAAAUAUGAUAGUCCAAAGUUGCUUUAUUAGCAAGUUACAAGACGUUUAAAUUAAAGUACACACUUUUGUUUUUUACUGUGAAACCAAAGGACUAAUUAUCUUCAAAUUUGACAUGUUUAAUAGCUAGUGGUACAACUAAGGAGACAAAAUAUUUAUUUUUGUUUAAUUGAAUCGUGCUUUGCUUCGUAUCCCCAUUAUUACAAAAUUUCAAUGCAUUGUUAAUAUUGUAUAGUAAUAAUGCACAGCGCCACCUAUCGGAAAUUGCUCAAACUACUUACUAAACCAUAGACCACCUAGACUGGCUAUAGGGCGAUUAUGAUGAAGGCAGUUGGGAGCCUUGUCGGUAGCCCAAAUUAAUUUCAAAUUCAUGUUCAGCACCUCUUUAUGGUAAAAUAAAUAAUUACACCAAAUUUUUAUACUUGAUUCGAUUUUUUGAAUCUAAUAUUUCAAUUUUUAUUGAUUUCCAAAGGAUGUUGACAUAAAGUACAGGUAGGUGAAAGCUUUUAAAAAACAGGAUUGGGUACCAUCAAAAUUUUCACGUAUAUGUUCUAGUCACUCUGAAGAAAAUUUUUUUAUUUUCAACUAAAAUGUAGUCCGCAAAUUAGCAAAAAAUGCAGUUCCCACAUUAAAUCUACCAGAAAUAAUAAGUAAUUAUACUUUAUAUGUACAUUAGGGUGGC